AUGGCGGCUGGAGGCACCUUGCCUUCCGACUCCGAAAUGGAGGGGGAGGAGGAGCUUCAGAGCUUGCAGAACAGUGCCAACAUCAAACAAAGGGAAAAGAGCUGUGGAUGGCGGUGGUGGGGACCACUUGGAGUGGUCUUGUCAGUCGUCCUGCUCGUGCGCGGAAUUGGCACGAAUUCGGCUGAGAGCAGCGUCGCAGGACCGGCUCAGGCAGCAGAGGCACAAGAACCGAUGUUCCUGUCUGACCGUCUGGACAGAAACGAUCUCGAAGACGAUGGAGACUCCGAAUCGGGGCCUUGGUUUGCAGAAGACCUGGGUGGACUGCUUGGAAUGUAUGAGGUGCCUGGUCCUGGGUGCCCCGUUACGUGUGGGACAUGGACCUCCUGCGCAGGUGGUGUCAAGACUACCACAACGACCACUUGUCCGCAUCUCAUUGGCCUACCUCCUCUACCGGGCGGCAACCUUCAUGGGCCACCUCACUGCUAUUCGAUUCCCCCUCUUCCAGGGUUUUAUCCUGGUUAUGGUCAUUGGACAGGAGACCACCUCGAGGCCUCAAACCGCUUGCUGGAAGAGGAUGUGCCUGCCGCGGGCCCGACUCCAGGCGCUUGGGGACAAGGCUAUGGCGCUUAUGGAAAAGGUGCUUGGGGGCAAGGCAAUGGAGCUUAUGGCAAAGGUGCUUGGGGGCAAGGCUAUGGAGCUUAUGGCAAAGGCGCUUGGGGCCAAGGGUAUCCUGCGGCCGCUGCAGGCUACCCAGCUUACGGUGCAGGUGCUUGGGGCAGAAACGGGGCUUAUGGUCAGACCCCUAUGGGCAUGGGCAUGGCUUCACCCGCAGCUAUGACGAAUCGCACAGCCUAUGGCAAAGGUGCUUGGGGUGCUGGCUAUGGUCGGAAAGGCGCUUGGUAUGGUCAGGCCUAUCCUGCAGGCGCCAUGGGCAUGGCUUCACCCGCAGCUGCCAAUGGGACAGGCAUCGCCCCGACUUUGGAAGGCACGGGUGCCUGGGGUGCCGGUUAUGCAGCACAGGGCAAUCCUGCUUGGGGUGCUGGUUAUGGAGCAUAUGGCAGAGGACCUUGGCGGCAAGGGUAUGGCGCUUAUGGCAAAGGUGCAUGGGGACAAGGCUAUGGCGGAGCUUACGGAAAAGGUGCCUGGGGGCAACGCUAUGGCGGAGCUUAUGGCAAAGGCGCAUGGGGGCAAGGCUAUGGAGCUUAUGGCAAAGGUGCUUGGGGCCAAAAAUAUCCUGCGGCCGCUACAGGCUACCCAGCUUACGGUGCAGGUGCUUGGGGCAAGAAUGCAUAUGGGCAGGGCUUUCCUACAGCUGCCAUGGGCAAGGCAUCACCCACGGUUAUGACGAAUGGCACAAGCAAAGCCCCUGCCAAAGGCAAAGGCGCUUGGGGUUCCAGUUAUGGAGCAUAUGGGAAGGCCGCUUGGGGCCACCACAAGGCCGCUGCGGGCAAGACUGGCACAGGCAAUAUCGCGACUGGAGCCUAUGGCAAGGGCAAAGGUGCUUGGGGUCGAUAUGGUGGCAAGGGCUAUGGUGCAUGGGGUCACAGCAUGUCACCCGGAGCCGCACAACAGGGAUUGGGAGCCUACGGAAAAGGUUUCGCUGCCUACCAUGCCAAGAAAGUUAAGGCGGCGAGUGUGCCCGGCCAACUGCCAUCGAGCCCUGCCAAGACCGCUGCCCCAGGCCAAACUCCAGCCGCACCUGCUGCGCUGAGUGCCGGCCAAGCGCCGACACCAACAGCACCAGCCGCACUGAAGCUAGGGGGCGCCCCAGUCAAUCCUCUCUAUGCUAAGUACUGGUCAAAGUACUACAGGAACCUGUACAAAGGCAAGUGGAUGAAAUACUAUGGUGGGAUGAAAGGCGGGUUCAACUACUACAAGCCCUGGAGCCCCCACUACAGAUGGCUUUGGGGAAAGCUGUACGGAAGGUUCUACGGCAGGAAGUUCAUCUGCCGUCGCUUUGGAUACAGAGGCCAUCACCUCAGCGGCUUGGCCAAGUGGUGGUGGUGGAACCAUCCGCACCCUGGACCCACAACGACCACAACAACGGGAACUUUCACUUGCCUCGACGGAUCAGGGUGCGAGAUCCCCGCAAUUUUCCAGGAUGACACAUUCUGUGACUGCCCAGAUUGCUCGGAUGAAUCUCAGUACACUUGUGCGACGUGCCCGACUACCCACACCCAAACUACGUCGUCUACCACAUCAUCGGUGACAUCGACAGUGACGGUGGUGACAUCGACAGUGACGGUGGUGACAUCGACAGUGACUGCAGUCACGACUACCAGCACCCAGGUCGGACCUGCGCCACCUCCGUUUAUUCCUCCCGGCGGCGAUGCAGCUCUCGGUGCAGCUUUGGGGUCGACCUUGGGUGCAGCUCUCGCGGUUACUUUGGGAGUUGGCAUCGGCUUGUCCACUGGUCUUGGAAUCUUCUUUGCCAUUGGAAGCUUCAGGCUCAAUGUACCAAAUGCCGGUGCAUUCCGCAAGGAUGCCGACGCAAUUGCUGCCCUCAAGAAGACUGUCGCCAGGAUUGCUGGGCCAAACAUCGACUCCAGUACAAUCGAGUUGACCUUGCCUUGUGAAAAUGCCAAGCGACGCCUUGAUGUCCGCAGUGCACUCCGCCGCCUGGAUGAAACUGUCGGCGUUUGCUUCAGGAUCCAGAUCCGUGGCGAGGAAGCCAGCACCAAUGUUUGCGAACGGCUGUCAGGCUUCAACUCAGGAUCCGCUCAGCGCAUCCUGUCUGAAGAGCUGAGCAAUCUUCCAGGUCGUUCAGUGCAGGUUGUCAGUUGGGAUGCGCAGCCCAACCCGAUCGCAUACAAUCCGAACCAGAAUGUCGGAGGUGAUGACAGCGGAUUUUUCGACCCUUCUCAAGCAGGAAUCUCGCUCGGCUAG